AUGUUCUUCACCGCUGGCAAUCAUGUAUAUGCGGGCGGUGUUGUUGUGCGCCGGUCUGGUAAUGAUCCAACGUGGACUGAGACGGGUCCUACAACAACAAGAACAAGCGGCAGUCUGAGCGACCCGACUCAAACCGGGGGGAGCAACAAAACCGAUCCAGACACUUCUGGACUAAGCACGGGCGCCAAGGCGGGCAUUGGCGUGGGUGUGGCCGUAGGGGCUCUCGUCUUCAUCGGGUCUUGCAUCGCUGCAUACUUGAUCGGUAAGCGCAAGAGACAGGCGGCGCGCGCCGAGGCAUACCAGGCGCCGCCACAGUUUGCAGAGCACGAUAUACAUCCUGCAGACCAUGGAGGCUGGAAUGAAGGCGCGAGAUUGCAGGAAAUGCCGCCAGCGGAGCUAGAGGAGCAGCGGAAACAUGUAGAACUGGGUGGGCUUAUGGCCUAUGAGAUGGCAGCGCCAGAUGAACACGUAGCAAGAGUAUAA